UUGUGCACGUCAGUGUGUACGCACCUAACCCCCAUCAGCAGUGACACAGUGUGCACCUAACAGUUUUAGUUUUAAUAAUUAUUUGUGCGCAGUAGAUUGCAAUAAACGUUGUUUAUUAAAUAAUUGUUAUUCUAAUUUUCGCAAUUUGAGCUGUUUACCACCUGUCGGGCCUGCAAGCGCCGUUGUGCAAAACAAAAACACGUGUAGUCGCUGGGACUGCAAAACAAAACAGGGUCUCAUUUUAUUUGUUUUAUAAGAAGUCAAUACUAAAAAAACUCUUCAAGAUGGGUAUGGUACAGAAGCGUAAGAAGAUGCACUAUGGCGACACGCAUCUGCAGCGUCGCUGGCGUGUACGCAACCGCAGAAGAGAUCUGGAUCAAAUCGAUGAUGAUAUGCGCACUCGCAGCGCGGAACUGAUCAACCAGAAUGUGGACUUGGAUAAGCCGGGAUUUGCGCAGUUCUACUGUGUGCACUGUGCCAAGUACUUUAUCGAUGACACAUCUAUGCAGGCGCAUUUCCGCACCAAAGUGCACAAGCGUCGCAUGAAGGCGCUCGAAACAGAACCGUAUAGCAUCGAGGAGUCGGAGCGUGCAGCUGGACGAGGCAGCUUCCAGAAGCCCAAAAAGCGUGUCAUCGAGACACAGCCCAGCAAGGAAGAUGUCAUCGCUGGCAAACGCAUCAAAGUCGUCGAAGUUCCCGAAGACAACACAGACAACAACACCAUGGAGGAGGAGGCGCAAGAGGAGAAGACAACUGAAAAGCCAACGCCAUCCAAGAAAGCUACCAGAAAGAGAGCUAAAAAAUUGGCAACAUAAAUUGCAUCAGUUUGUAGGACUUAGUUACGUAGACAACAAAUAGCAUACAAUUAUUAAUUUUUUAUGUAUGUAAACUUGAUGAAAAUAAUGUUUAGUUUCCGAAAUAUAAAUGCAAAAGUUACAA